AUGGCAUCACAUUCUUUGCAACAAGAAAAAGGCAAUCAUGGUGAUGAUACUAAAAAUAUUGUGUUGAAAAAAGGAAAAUGGCUACCAGAAGAAGAUGCAUUAUUAAGAGAUUAUGUGAAAAAAUAUGGAGCUAAAAAAUGGGAUAAAGUACGAGAGAAAAUAAAACUCAAUAGAGAUGGAAAAAGUUGUCGUUUUAGAUGGUUAAAUAGUCUAAAACCAAGUUUGAAAAGAGAUCCAUUUAGUGAAGAAGAAAUACAAAAACUUGUUCGUCUCUAUUGUGAGUUAGGACCUAAAUGGUCUCAAAUGGUUUCACAGAGUGUGAUGAGGGGUUCUAGUAACCAAGAAAAUAACGUCUCUCAAAAAGAAGAAAUGACUCUACCAAGAGUAGAAUUUGAUCAUCAAGAUAUUAUGCAAGAUAACUAUCUAGAUCAAUUUUAUUAUGAGGAAAAUAUCAAUUUUAAACCACUUUCAACGUUGGUUGAUGAUUCAAAUAUGAUAUACAAUAAUGUGGGAAGCUCUCCUUUAAGCAAUCAUAUUGUUCCAACAUUGAAUGAUAGGUUUCCUACACUCCCGCAAAGUUCAUACUUUCAAGAUAAGGAAAAUAUCAAUUUUGAACCACUUCAAAAGUUGGAUGAUAAUUCAAAUAUGUUAUAUAAUAAUGUGGAAACUACUUCUUUAUCCAUGAAACAAGAUCUUCUUACACUCCCAGAAUGUUCACACAUUCAAAAUAAGGAAGAUACACGUCCAUCAUUUACAUCAAAUAAUAUGCUUUUUAAUCAAGAUCUCCCUCCGCUUCCACAAUGUUGGUACAAUCAAGAUAUGGAUUAUCAACAUCCAUUAUUUUCAUCUGAGGAGUUUUUUGAUCAAUAUCCUCAAAAUUCAAUUCUAUCAUCUCAUGAGAUUCAAUAUGAGAUGUUAAAGCCUAAUAGUCCACGUACUAAUGGCUAUCUAGAAGCCAUGUUAUAUCCACCAAAGAUUUUGUAA